UUGGCGGGGUGGAGAAGGAGGGGUGUUGUUAUUUUUUGCCGGACGCCUGGGUCCCUAGGAUGGGAACCGAUUGGGGAGGGGGCUGUCAUUUGCCACUACUUCCCAGGUUCCUCUCGCCCCAUUGGCCCCAGUUUCCCUCAACCACGCUCCUUUUUCUGGGUGUAUGACGGGUCAUGCCAGCCGUUCAGCAGCACCCAAGUUCCAUCCUUGGGGGCUCUGCAUGGUGGACUGUGGAGCGACUUGGGGCUUCCGCCUGCGAGUCCUUUGGUGUGCCUGCCAUGCCAUAUCUGGGGUCUAACCCUGCAGUGGCAACCGCAUUUCCUGGAUUGCAAUGGAGGAGGAGCUGAGCUCUGCCACCUGUCACAGCCCAUAGGUGUGGCCGGUCACCACAACUGCCAGCAGGACAUGAACUGGGAACAGGCAAGCAGGUUCCCAAGAACCUCAGGCUCAUGCCCAUCCCGGCCCGCCCACACCUGCAAUGGGAUGAUUCUUUAAAUCCCUUGCGGAUUAGUGUGGGUAGCCUCCCAGUGCUGGCGUCCAUGACCAAGGCAGCUGACCCUCGCUUCCGCCUGCGCUGGAAGGCCAUUGUGGCAACCUCCCUGGCCCUGGCUCUUGUGCUGCUGCUCCUCUGCUUCCAGCGUUCACCCUCAACAAGCCGGCCAGCUCCUCCCAAUGCUCAUAAUUGGCGGCUCAGUGUGCUGCCAGGUGAGCGGUACAAUGACACCUAUCCGCUGUCACCGCCCCAACAUAUCCCCGAAGGUGUACGCUACCGCAUUGGACUCAUUGCUGACCUGGACACAAAUUCCAGGGGCACCACUGAGCAUACGUGGUUCAGCUACCUGAAGAAGGGUUACUUGACACUGUCGGCCAGUGGGGACCAUGUCUCCAUCGAGUGGGAUACCCAGGACCAUACGCUGGAGUCUCACUUGGCUGAGAAGGGACGUGGUAUGGAGCUCUCUGAACUGGUAGUCUUCAAUGGCAAGCUCUAUGCUGUGGAUGAUCGCACUGGGGUGGUCUACCAGAUCGAUGGAACCAAGGUGGUACCUUGGGUGAUCUUGUCUGAUGGGGAUGGCACAGUCGGCAAGGGGUUUAAGGCGGAGUGGCUGGCAGUGAAGGAUGAGCAUCUCUAUGUGGGAGGCCUGGGCAAGGAGUGGACAACAGCCACAGGGAAGGUGCUCAACGAGAACCCUGAAUGGGUGAAGGUCGUCGGCUACAAAGGUGAUGUGGCCCACGAGAACUGGGUGGCCAAUUACAAUGCGCUCAGGACAGCUGCUGGGAUCAAACCCCCAGGUUACCUGAUCCAUGAAUCUGCCUCUUGGAGUGAGACACUCCAGCGCUGGUUCUUCCUGCCACGCCGUGCCAGCCACGGACGCUACAAUGAGCAGGAAGAUGAGCGCCGUGGCACCAAUUUGCUUUUAAGUUCCACAUCAGACUUUGCUGAUAUAACUGUGAACCGUGUUGGUGAUGUCAUCCCCACCCAUGGCUUCUCCUCCUUCAAGUUUGUUCCUGACACUGAUGACCAGAUCAUUGUGGCACUGAAAUCUGAGGAGGAUGCCGGACGCGUGGCAACCUACAUCACAGCCUUCACGCUGGAUGGGCGUUUCCUGCUGCCUGAGACUCACAUUGGUUCUGUCAAAUAUGAGGGCAUUGAGUUUAUCUAGUUAACAAAUGGAUGCUAGUUAACAAAGGGAUUGAGACAGAACAGGUGGAGUGGGAGGCAGGAGAUUGUGCCCUGGGCUUCUUCCUUUCAUUCAGGCUCAGCUGCAGAGCAUGAUGAGACUGUGAGGUGUUGCUCUUGACAUGGCUUUUACCUCCGAAAGCAACACAGCCACUGCAGGUAUGACCUGACUGUUUCUGUGCUGACCCCUAGUGGUGGAAGGUGAGCAGUGUCUCUUCCAUCCCCCCCCCCCCCCCCCCCCCCCCACUUCAUUGCUCCCCAGAAGAGACUGGCCUUAUUUCUAUCCAACUCCCUGCUGUACUCGGCUAGUCUGGUGGUUUGGCAGAACAUACAUGAGCGGAAAUCAGCUUGAUCUCUCCCUACUCUGUUCCACUUCCCUGUCCAUUUUAACUUAAAAUGAUUCACAUGUGCCUUUGCUGGGAAGGGGAGAUCUUGGCACCUGAUACUCCAGCAAAGUUAUUAUCCAGUCACUUGGAAGAUCUUUCUAGACACUGCCCACCCCACCCCACAGGGGCCUUGAUGCCAACCGGAUAGGCACUGAUUUGCGAUGGGACAUCACCAGUGUGAGCUGGACUUCUCGUCUGGGAAUGCGCCCUCUAGCAGCAGAGAAGGGGUAUAACAGCACAACUGGAAGCUUUCAUGUCUGUGUGGAACAAGAAAGUGAUAUGCCUUCAUUGUGGCCAAGGGGUCACUUCAGCGAGGUGCUCUGUACCACUCCAGCCGUGGGACAUAAUACUUAGAUGCCACAUAGGUACAGUCUAAACUCAGAAGGGUGUAUCAUAAAGCUGUACUCAGGGGCCAGAUCAAUGGCCCACCUGGCCCAAGUGUUUUCUUUUGGACAGCUGCUCAGUUCUUAAGAAGAUCUGUAAAGGGGCAAUCCAUCCUGUGUUGGGUCAUCAUCAGAGGGGUCUUUAUUAUUAUUAUUAUUAUUAAUAUUAAUAUUAUUCUUUUUGUUAUUAAAAGGGGGGAGGAGUUCAGAGCCAGAAAGUCAAAAUCUUAUGAGAGUAUUGGAGCUGGAAUAAAGCAUGCUGAUGUAUUGCAGCCACAGGAUUUUUGAGCAUUGGGCAUUCCUUGUUCUCCCUGAUAGGACGUACAAGCCUGGGCUGAGCCCCCACUCCCCCUUUCCUGAGCAUUAACAGUAGUUGUAGCAGUGUGUGUACUUCUCACAAUAAAUUAUCAGUCACAUUUUCUGGUGCAAAAACCUUUGGUGAUUUGGCCUACCAGAUCAGGCACCCUCUACCACAUUGCUCUAAUGAUUGUUUUUGUUUUGACUAUAGUUCAGAAAGUAAAUGUAGUAGGCACUUCCCCACAUCAGCUAGGCUUUUGUAUGUGCAUACAGGAAAGAUGGCAUCUUAUGGAGGCUUCAGGGUAGAAACGAACAACAACACCCCGUCCCUUUUGUUUACAUGUACAUGGUUGGAAUCUCUGCCAUUUUUUUGUGGUGCCAUCUAGUGACACAAAAAAUGUAAAGCCUGACACAAUUUAGUGGCGCUUACCCAAAUCAGACAUUCUCAGACUGCCUUUCCCCAAGGUUUCCUGCAAUAUUUUAUGUUAUAUCAUAACUUUAGCUUGUCUGAAUAGUGGAUGAGACUCAGAAAGGUUGGUCACUAGAUGGCAGCACUUGUUUGUUGUAAAACCAGAAGCUGCUUCAGCCUUCCAAGGCAAGACCAGUUCUGUCUUUGGGUGUGUGGUGCCAUGUAUGUCAAAUACGUCGUGGGAUCGUUGUGUUGGUUUAGCUUUUGCUGUUAAAUAUACAUAAAGUUCAGAUCACCAUGUAAAAAUGCAAGGUAUAUCAAAUAAAAAUAAGGGUGUUUGGCAUACCAAAUAAAACUGAAAUUUGA